UGUGUCGAGUAACAAACAUCUCGUUUUCAUCGCGCUCAUCUGUUUUUUUGGAUGUGCCCAGCUGUUUUUGUGUAUAGUCAGACAGUUUAACUGGGUAAAAACAACAGCAAUAACUGUUACCCAGAAUGCACCGCUAUAAGGCUGCGAGUAAAAAGUGACUGAGGAGGGGGUCCAUCAGUAAAACUGAGUGUAGUAUAUAUUUUAUUAUGUUUAUUAAUUCACUUUUAACUAAGUGCUGACAGGGAGACGAAGAGGAUCGAGCUUAGAUUUCGUCGCGUGUAUAUCUCGGCCAUGCCUCUCUUCACGUCGAAUCCCUUUGAUCAAGAUGUUGAGAAAGCGACCAGUGAGAUGAACACAGCUGAGGACUGGGGCCUCAUUUUGGACAUUUGUGACAAGAUCGGACAGUCUCGCACUGGGCCUAAAGAAUGUCUGCGCUCUAUAAUGAGGAGAGUGAAUCACAAGGAUCCGCAUGUUGCCAUGCAAGCGUUGACGCUGCUAGGUGCGUGUGUGUCAAACUGUGGAAAAAUAUUCCAUUUAGAGGUCUGCUCCAGGGAAUUUGCUAGUGAAGUUAGCAAUGUACUAAAUAAGGGUCAUCCUAAAGUGUGUGAGAAGCUGAAGGCUCUGAUGGUGGAGUGGGCUGAGGAUUUCCGUAAUGACCCCCAGCUCAGCCUCAUUUCGGCCAUGAUCAAGAACCUCAGAGAACAGGGCGUCAUCUUCCCUGCCGUGGGCUCUCAGGCGGCAGAACAAGCUAAAGCCAGUCCUGCAUUAGUAGCUAAAGACCCUGCAACAUCAACAAACAAGAAAGAAGAAGAAGACCUCGCUAAAGCGAUCGAACUGUCUCUGAAGGAGCAGCGGCAGCAGCAGCCUCAGGUCUCUCUGUCUGGCCUCUACCCGAGCACCAGCAGCCUCCUCACAUCUCACAAGGCUGAAGGCAGAAAGGUCAGGGCCAUCUAUGACUUUGAGGCAGCCGAGGACAAUGAGCUCACCUUUAAAUCAGGCGAGAUCAUCACCAUCCUGGAUGACAGUGACCCUAACUGGUGGAAGGGUGAGACGUAUCAGGGUGUUGGGCUUUUUCCUUCCAACUUUGUGACAGCAGACCUGACAGCAGAGCCUGAGAUGAUGAAAACAGAGAAGAAGACAGUGCAGUUCAGUGAAGACGUCCAGGUAGAGACGAUUGAACCGGAGCCAGAGCCUGUCUUCAUUGAUGAGGAGAAAAUGGACCAGCUGCUUCAGAUGAUCCAGAGUGCAGACCCAACAGACGACCAGUCCGACACCUGUGAACUCCUGCAGCUGGAGGCUGCUUGCAACCAGAUGGGUCCUCUCAUUGAUCAGAAGUUGGAGGACAUUGACAGAAAACACUCAGAGCUGUCUGAUCUGAACGUGAAGGUCAUGGAAGCGCUGUCUCUCUAUGCUAAGCUAAUGAAUGAAGACCCAGUAUAUGCUAUGUAUGCCAAAAUACAGAGCCAGCAAUACUACAUGCACCAGACCCCAAACGCUUCCCAACAGGUGUACCCUGCCCAGUCCACUGGAGGGCAGUAUGUAAUACAACCGGGAUACAACGUUCCAAUGGAGCAGCUCUCUGCAAUGAACCAAACAGGAACUUCAAUGGCUGGACAGCCGGCUCCCAGUGAUGCCCACAUGUACAUGGGCCAACCUCCAGUCUACAGCCCGACUCCUGGCAGCAUGCCUCCAGCUGAUGUCCAGUCCUACCAGAACCCAGCCUGCACUCCAUCGGCCAUGAGCCAGACCCCCGGCUACACCGUGCCCUCCACCCAGAGCCUCCCUGCUACUGCAGACAACCAACAGACCCCUUACUUUGAGAAAGCCCUCUUAUAGGACCCCUAGAGACUCAUACAGACACGCACACUUACGGUCAUGAACAAAGAACAUUGAGCUGACACAAAGUUAUCUCCUAAAUUGCCUUUUCCUCUGUUUCUUUAAGUCACUACAAACAAACAAACACUAUUUCUGACAGGACAGGAUGGGCCGAUUGUUGACUACUAACUGUUGGUGUUCUCACAGAGCGGUUCUGUUUGAUCUUAUACUUUUUUUGGUCUCUUUUAUGAGAACAUUUUAUUGAAGGUGAUGAGGAACGCUAUGUUAUAUUGUUUAUUUAGCAGUGUCAUUAAAGUAAUAAUUAACAUGGAUGUUUCUUACAGGAAAACACACAAAGAAAGCAUGCUUGUGUUGUACAUACAUUUCCGUAUCAAUGUAGGUUCUGAUAUUCCAGUGUUUUUCACAACAGGUCCUGAGGGGGAGGUUACGACAUCAUUUUAAUUUCUCAUCACUUUCACAACACUUGUUGUGUGUGUGUGUGUGUGAGAGAGAGAGAGAGAGAGAGAGAGAGAGAGAGAGAGAGUGUUCAGGCCCUCAGAAGUCAUCUUAACUCUCCUUCUCCUCCAGAAACAUGUAGCAAAACAUUACCAUUUUCUUGAUAGUCACCUACCCCCCCCCCCCAUUUGUUUAAGCUCAAUUUUCAGUGUUAAGAACAUCAGAUGUCUUUUAGUGUAUUUUAUUUAUAUUUUGAUUGUUGUUUUGCUGUUUUAAUUGACAGUACUUUAAUAGAAGGAUGUAAUAUUCUGCCUGUGUGCAGAUGUGUAUAUAAGAGAGCUCAGUCUUUAAUGGGUAACGUUCAAAGCAGU